CCAGCGAAUCUAAAUUACAAUGGCACGUACUAAGCAGACAGCACGUAAAUCUACCGGAGGAAAGGCUCCGCGUAAACAAUUGGCCACCAAGGCAGCCCGUAAGAGCGCCCCGUCUACCGGUGGCGUGAAGAAGCCGCAUCGUUACCGUCCCGGUACGGUGGCGCUGCGUGAAAUCCGUCGGUACCAGAAGUCGACCGAGCUGCUGAUCCGCAAGCUGCCGUUCCAACGCUUGGUGCGAGAAAUCGCCCAAGAUUUCAAGACCGAUCUGCGCUUCCAGUCGGCUGCCAUCGGUGCUCUGCAGGAGGCCAGCGAAGCCUAUCUGGUCGGUCUCUUCGAAGACACCAACUUGUGCGCUAUCCAUGCCAAGCGUGUCACCAUCAUGCCGAAGGACAUCCAGCUGGCGCGCCGUAUCCGAGGCGAACGCGCUUAAAAAGCUGACCUUCUAGUAAUAAUCAUCUUAAAUUUUUAUUU